GUAUUUUGUUAUGUAAAGGUGAACUGUCAAAAGAAUUUCGGAAGGCCCGUAGUGUAUUUGAUUCCAGCUGAAUGGCUUCUUUAUUACGAACUAUUUCUACGGGCUUGCGGAGCGCCUUGGUCAACGGAGCUGCCCGGACGCAAAUUGUUCGACUCUCAUCCACGGAAGCAGCCAAGACCGAGGAGACCAAACCAACGGUACGCAAACAUGAUGUAGCUGUUCGAGAACAAUUAUCUGACUUCGGUAGGUAUGUUGCCGAGUGCCUGCCAAAAUAUGUGCAAAAGGUGCAGCUGACCGCUGGCGAUGAAUUGGAAGUUCUCAUCUGCCCGGAUGGAGUAGUGCCCGUUCUACAGUUUCUGAAGGAUCACCAUAACUCGCAGUUUGCCAACUUGGUAGAUAUUGCUGGCAUGGACGUUCCAAGCCGUCAGUACCGUUUCGAAAUUAUCUACAACAUUCUGUCGUUGCGAUACAAUUCGCGAAUCCGCGUUAAAACUUACACAGAUGAGCUGACGCCUGUAGAUUCAGCUUUUGAAGUCUUCAAAGCUGCUAAUUGGUAUGAACGCGAAAUUUGGGACAUGUACGGAGUGUUCUUUGCGAAUCAUCCUGAUUUGAGACGCAUUUUGACCGAUUAUGGAUUCGAAGGUCACCCACAACGUCGGGACUUCCCACUAUCCGGAUAUGUGGAGCUUCGUUACGACGAUGAGAAAAAACGCGUUGUAUGCGAGCCAUUGGAAUUGGCGCAAGAGUUCCGUAAGUUCGAUUUGUCGGCGCCAUGGGAGCAGUUCCCAAAUUUUAGAAAUGCCAAUCCAGCUACUGAGGAGGUACCAACGAAGAAGGAUGAGAAGAAAUGAGUUAUGAAAAGGAACUUGUGAAUGUAUAAAUAAAAUCGAUGAAAACAAUUAGAAUUUAAUG